AGAAAUAGCAAAAGUUCUACGUCAAUCGAAUCUUGCUCCCUAGCAAUGAUUAAUCUUUUAUCUGAAUCGGAAAGGAGAACUAUCUGAAAGUGAUAUUCCAUUUAACGGAUACAUACUCAACUACGGACUGCAGGACUACAGGAUUCUAGUGAGAUAAGCAACUAUCGCGGUGAUAAAAGUCACGUGCACGGCAACUGCAUUGUGUCGUAUCUAUUUUUGAAUUCAUUCACCUGUGAUUCGGGCAAUCAUAAUUGGGUUCGUUUAAAUUUUAUGCAAGCUUGACAAUAUUCCGGAUUAAGGAGAUGACGUCUUCCAGAAGCGAGUAACCGAUUGAAGUAAUAAUUUGUGAUAAUAUACCGAAGACAGUCGCAAGUAAAAAUGACAAUGGAGCUGAUUCAUCGACUCAUUCCAGUGCUAAUUUUAAUAAUAAUAACCUCACAUGGCGUUAUCAGUGCAAGACGAAAUCCAUUGCAGGAUCCACGGAUAUGUGGCCCACCCCAGUGCGAAAUCGAAGCUGCCAAAUUCGCGUAUAACAAGGAUUCGCUCUACAAAUAUGACUAUGUUAUGCAUAUCAAAUCAGACUUCGUUGGAAGUGGCGAAAAUACCUCCGACUUGUACUUAACAGCAAAGAUAGAGUUAUCUUUUAAACGAGAAUGCGAGGGCCUAUUAGCCCUCAAUACCGUGGAACUCCGUAAUAAACCUCCGCCUGUUGUUGAAGAGAGUGAAACCGAAGACUACGACUACAGUGAAUACAUAGAACCAGAUGCAGAUAUCGACCCAGACUUACAUCCGAAUAGCAGUGAUAUAGCAUCAGAUAUAUCUCGAUAUGAGCUUCGUUUCUCAUUUCACGAUGGCGAAAUCAGCGAAGUUUGCCCGGCAGAGGAUGAACCGAAUUGGGUGCUCAAUUUCAAGAAGGGCUUAUUGUCAGCCCUGCAGAAUUCCAUGAUAAGGUUCGAUGUUGAUCGAAGCACUACUGAAACUGAUGUAUCUGGAAAAUGUAAUGUAGUUUAUGCGUUGCAAGGAGCGAAUGGGACUAAGGUCGAAAUACAGAAGAGAAAGGAUAUAUCGUCGUGUAAUAGCCGGUAUCAGACAAAGUCAAUUCUACAGACGAGCCAUUAUAAUUUCCGCGAUAAUAAGGCUGUUUGGCCUAUUUUGAAUUCAGUGAGCUAUUGUAAUCUUUCCGUGGAUAAUCAUAUUUACGACUCAGUUAGCUGUUUUGAACGGCAUCAACUAGUUCCUUUAUCCAACAAUAAUACUGGUGCUGUGACAGAAUCUCUGAUAAAGUUGAUUUUCACUGGAGAAGACAUCAUCCAAACAGACGAAACUGGAUUCGCCUAUACAGAGGAUGACAUCAUCAAGCGUCGUUCUUCACUUUUGUACGACCACAACGCAACUCCUAAACCAACUCAUGGAGAAAUCAAGGCUUCCCGUGAUCUCCUCAAACAAAUGUGUAGACUUGGCUUCCCGAAUAUUCAAAGGGAGUUUAUUGAAUAUUUUACGAAAUUCCUGGAAACCGCCCGGAUGUUGUCGUAUAAGGCCUUACACCAGCUUUUGGCCCGAGCGGCUAGCGUAUGUGUCCUUGGAAAAAACCAUGUUCUUGAAAGUUUGCCGUACAUUGGAAGUUCAGCUUCCAUUUUCGUCAUGCGAGAUCAACUAGUGGGUGAAGCCAUCCCUAAAAACAUGGCCCGCAACUGGCUGACUGCUCUGUCUUUCACACCUCGACCAAGUGUUGAGAUUCUCGAAAUCUUUUUAUCACUAAUCGAAUAUGGAAAGAAAGUAAACGAACCUGACUACAUCCUAGGGUCGACAGCGGUUAUACACACGUUCUGCCGCUACCACUCUAAUUGCGGAAACUAUGAUCAAGUCAAACAGAUUGUCCAGUUCCUGGAAAAUGAGGGCACAGAGCUCUUAACACAGAACUUAAAUUUAAGGAAGUUCAAGGAGCGGAUGAUCAUUACCUUGAAAGGAAUUGGGAAUAUCGGAAUUGUAAGUAAUGAAUUUUUGGCGCUUAUGCGAAAGAUCGUUGUGGACCCCGAUAUCCCUGUUGAGAUUCGAGUUCAAACCAUGCUGUCAUUCAGGAAAAUCGACUGCUUGUCAAAUCGGCCUUUCUUCCUGAGCGUAUAUCAAAAUUUCACGGAAAACGCAGAAAUCCGUAUCCUAAGUUAUAUUCAAGCAAUGCGGUGUCCUGACUAUCAUUCAAUCCGUCAAAUCAAGCAUAUUUUGGAAACGGAGGAAGUUAAUCAGGUAGGAUCGUACGUGUGGUCUCACUUGACCAAUUUGGCGAAAUCGGCUUCACCGGUACGUGUUGAGGCGCAGGGUCUCCUCACAGAUGGGGACCUGAGUGACAAGUUUAAAAUGGACUUCAGAAGAUUCUCCCGAAAUUUCGAGCACAGUUUAUUUUUUGACGAAUACAAUUUUGGCACUGCAACCGAUGGCAAUCUGAUAUUUGGAACAGAUUCGUAUCUUCCGCGUUUAGUUUCGCUGAAUUUUACCGCUGACUUAUUUGGCGAAUCUGUGAAUUUCUUUGAGUUAUCCACACGAAUUCAAGGGUUUGAACAGUUUUUCGCAUCCAUUUUUGGGCCGAAGGGUCCUCUCAAUUCGAAUUAUUUGCGUAAGAAGUUCACGUUUUUGAAUAAGUAUUUUGGGGAUGACACCGUUGAAGAGAAAGGUGAUCUUUUGAAUUUAGAUAAAUUUCGAAUGAAGCGAGACUCAGAGAGUGGGUCAAACCGAAAAGAAAGGUCCAAUAUAAAUGAAGUCAAGGGCGUACAAAACAAAAUCGAUGAACUGGGAUAUAAACUCAAAUACAACUAUAACGAGCCACGAGCUGUAUUCAAUCUGCGAGUUUUCGGCAACGAUCUGAAAUACUACACCAUGGAAGGGAUGGGCGAAGUUGUCAGUGCAAUCAAUGACGUAAAUCCAAUAAACAGCCUAGCGAAACUGCUCUCUGGCAAGGAGAUUACCUACACCAAAUCGGGUGUUUUCCUGGACGCAUCCUACAAUGUUCCAAUGAGUUCGGGUCUUCCACUUUCUGUCCACGCUUUUGGAGCUUCAUCUGUUGAUCUGCGAAUGUCCGGAAGUUUGGCAAACCACGAUCAUACUUCAGGAGAUUGGAAUUUUGACGUAGAGGGAAAGCUGAAGCCUAGUAUUUCCGUGGAUGUUUUACUAUCAAUGCAGACUGAUUUGUUUUAUGCGACCUCGGGUACUCGAGUCAAGAGCAAUUUGUAUUCAAGUUCUUCCGUUGAGGCCAAACUAAAGGUGCGGGGUUCCAAUUUGGUUUCCCUAACGUUUGGUUUGCCGCAGGAUAAAAAUGACAUCUUGAGUGUGAGGUCAAAACUUCUUGUCAUGCGCGAUGCGGAAGAGAUCCCCCAAAAAGGUAUUGACCGCCGAUACUCGAACGCAACUUGUACAUGGCCCAUCAUUGACCGUGCUAUUGGUCUCCAAUUCUGUGCCAACUACAGUCUUCCUGACCUAAGCAAUUCCACGCAUGAAUAUCCUGGUUUGGUACUUAGUGGUCCAAUAAACUUGAACCUUCAUGUCAACAAGGCUGAUGUCACUGCGAAAACAUUUGUUUUUGAAUACCGGUCACUGCAAGUUGGUAACAACUCAAAUAGCACUUUUGUGUUUGAGACACCUGGAUCUGCGAUUCCGCGAAAAUUCAUCACCAACGUUCAUAAGACAAUAGAAAUAGCGAACCUGACCAUGGCCUUCACGAAUGGCGAAACUACGCACUCUGUAGUUGGCUUCUAUAAAAACAACCCGGACGAUAGGACUUUGAAUAUCUUUCUGGAUAGUAAUGGAACCAAGAAUCUGGUGUUUGAGAUGGGAAUGAAUAGAUCUGUAAUAAGGAAUGGCUACAUGUACAACCCACGGUUCUUCCUUUCGGUGCAAAAGGAUCGCAUUGCGGGAGCAAGUGGAACAAUAAAGGCUAUCAACAAGAACGGGAUCGAACAGUACGACAUCAACGUUACCUUUGAAACCAAGAAGCUGCAAUCAAGGAUAAUCGGAAAUAUCAUCAAGACAUCAGUAUCCUAUUCAACAAAGAUGAAAGUCGAUUAUAGGUUCCAGGAUAAUAAGAUCGAAGCAAUCGAAUUUGAUGGAGAAAUCGCAGACAGGAGUCAGCGCAGUCGAACGGAGUACAAAGGAAGAGUGAAGCUGAAGACCACUGCUUAUCCACUGAUCAAUCUUGCCUCGAAUCUUACAGUUUUGUCCCUGCUUGGGCACACAGAAGGGAAGCUGACUUACAACAAUGCUCCUGAUCUCCUGGAUCCGCAGUAUACAACCACGUUCCGGGUGAUCUUCGCUCGCACAAACUCCGAUGAAAUGACCGACAUUAUGAAUUAUGGGACCAGAGCCUCGCUUGAGAUACAACGUCCUAUAUCCGAUACUGACUUCCGUGUCCUGUUAAUACAUGAGGAGCGCAAUAAAAAUGGACCAAAGCACAAUCUCCUGAUAGGAAUACGUUAUGCUCACGAAAAGGAGGCGACUGCAGCAUUUUCACUAUUUUUGCCCAGACUGAACCUGUUUGCGGUGGAUGCUGCAAUGAAUAUCACAGUUCCUGCAUUUGAUUCCUGCACAGCUCGGCUUAGAUUGGUGGAGAAAAACGAAAAUGACUACAACAUUGAUUUUAAUGGAAUGUGGUUCUCUCAUCACUCAAUCGCAAUCAAAGGAUCAUAUCAGGAUAAAAGUUCCCGAAUUAAAUCCAACCAUCAUUUGAAACUUAUGAUUCAGAGUCCAUCCUUCAAUGAUACGGCGAUAAAUAUUAUUUAUCGAAGGAACGAAAUGGAAAUCCUAUUCAAUGGAAAAGCAGAAUACAAUAAAUUGCCGUAUGGAUUGAUAAUCAACUAUUCUCGAACGGGCAAUGGUCAUUAUACCUCUCACAUAGAGAUCCAAUUCCGGGACAAAAGCUAUUGGCUUUCGUCGAAAUUACAGGCAGUACAACCGAAGAUGCUUCAUGCGGAACUCCAUUUAGAUAAGUUCCGUGACAUUCACAUCGACCUUCGAGGCCUGUCUGCCCUUUACAGAAAGGAAGCCUCCGUUGAAUUGAAAUGGGAUGCCAACCGCGAUCCUUCCCAACGACUAGCUCUAAUGGCGGAAUACAGUAAUCCUGAAUGGAGAAAAUACGAUGCAUCAGUAAUGAUCACAUACCCUGAACGUACAUUCAGUGGAGGAUUCCAUGCAUUCACCGGUGGUCCCGAAUAUCAGGCAAAUGGAAGAGUCAGUUGGAACACCAACGAGGCGAUUGCAUUCAACUUCGACGCUGGAUAUAUUCCUGGAGAAGCAACGAAUAAUUGGAUAUUAGCGGAAGUGGAGACACCGUUCCCGGGGUGGAAAAGGAAUCGACUUCAUGGAGGCAUUUACUAUGAGAAUAAUCUACUGCUUGUCAAUGGGUCUCUUCUCUGGGCUGACCAGCAGAAUAUUGGUUUACAGUUCAAAGGAGAUUACUUAAUUCAGGAGCCGUUGUUUAGCUGCGAAGUAAAGAUGGCUUUGAACAGCACCAUUCAGGAUGUGCCAACCCUCAACGCCCACUUUAAACACAAACAGGAUUUGAGGAAGUUCAAUACCAUUGCCAAUGUCCGCCAUCAUCUCCCUAAUGAGACGGUCCAGUCCUACAGCAUCAAGUCCGACUGGCAAAUCGACAGAAACGAGUUUACUCGAUAUAUCAAUGGAAGUAUUCAAGUGAAGAGUCCUUUCAAUGGGUACAAAACAGCUGCCAUUGCAACCAAAUUUUCAAUCAGUCAUGGACGAAAUAUUAAAGGAGGAGCGACCCUGGACGUUGAGGCACGUAAAUUUACACUUGAUGUUGAAGGAUAUAUGAGAAAAGUUACGGACAAUAAACUCCAAAUCAACAUCACCACUCCCAUUGAGAAAUUCAAGACAAUUAAUGGUCGCUUCGGAAUCAAUGACAAGUUGAGACAUGGAGUGGCUGAAGUUCGAGCCCCAGCUGGAGCUUUGGGUGCCGAAAUAUUGCUUGAUAUAAUAACCUUCACCGAUUUUGACGUGAAACUUAGUUUGGCAACUCCUUUUGAAAAUCUGACUCGAAUGAUUCUGAUCGGGAAAUCCAAGCCUGAAACAAUUGACAUGCGAGGGGGCUUAAAUAAUGUAACGGUUGGGUUUACAGGCGUUUGGAGGAAGAGUAACCUGACAGAUUUUGAAUAUUCAUACAAAGUCUUCACGCCUUUGAAGGGAUUUGAAGAAAAUGGAGCCAUCGCGAAAUUCGUGAAACUCCGUGACUUCACUAUGGAACUUUAUAUGAAACUGUCAUCGUAUAAGGUAGGCAUUGCCCUGGCUGGUCGCCCGAAAUCAAAUCUAAUUGCUGAGCUCAGUACAAAGGGUAUCGAGAUGGAGUUCGAAGAAGAUGAAGUUCAAAAGGAGAUCGAGGAAGAUGAGGAGGAGUACGAAGAUGACUAUGAAAUUGAUUAUGAAGAUUUAUUAAAUUACAUCGGCACUAUGGAAUUGGACACCCUACUCUGGCCUACAAUCACGGGGUCUAUUGACAUAUCUGAGAUCGAGGAGUAUUACCUAGUCGUAGGGAAAUUGAAUCUACCACAAGGGGAAAUCAAUCUCAGAGAUAGACUUUACUACCCAGAUCUCCUGACAAUCAAAAACAAACUGAGGAUUUCGACUCCGUUCAAACUAGCACCUGAGAUCAAGUCAACUUUCCAGUAUAAUGUCGAGUUCAGGAGGAAGUUCCUCACUGAACUUGACAUCUCGGUUCUUCAUGCAGCUGAAUGGAAAACCGCUGGCUACUUCGUCAACUACACAGUAACAACUGACGAAACCGAGGCGAAGACUCAUGAUGUUGCUUUCAAAUUAAAAACGCCACUGCAACUCUUAAGGAAGUUGGAUCUUACCGGAUUCCUUGAGUUGGAGGACAGUAUCUAUCGUGGAAAUUUCACAGCUGAGACGGAAGAGACCGCGUUAUCAUUUGGUGGAUCCUUGGAGACUGACGAUAACUAUCUUGAUACCUAUCUGGGAAUGUCCUUGAGGGCACCUACAGUUCCGAACUACACUAGUAGGAUCUAUUUCAAAAAGGACUUUUCUGAAGUGGAAAACAGCGUUACCCUCGGAUUUGAUGCACGUAUCAAUGAGGUAGACAACAAAUUCCAAACACUUGCCACAUGGUAUGUGGACGAAACAAACUACAUAAACGCCAAAGGACAAAUCGAAACCAACAUCAUUCCUCUCAAACUAGCACAAAGUUCCAUAUUAAUCACGUCAAAUCCCAGUCCCAUGGCUUCCCUGGACAUUUCAUUUUUAGACUCCUCCAACGAAAAGACCGAAUUCCAUGCAAUGGCGGUACGACGUAAGGAAUUCGUAACCGUCGAGGUAUCAACCCCUCUCGCCGAUUACAAGAACAUUUCCUUGAGCGGAACCUUAAUACAACAACCAACCAAAGGACAAUACAAACUUCGUGGAAAUUUUUACAAGAACAUGGCAGGAUAUAAUGUGGAUGGACUUGUCGUAUUCCUGUCUGAUAUUCCGGUCUUCGCAACUCUGAAGCUGAAAUCCAAAACUGGUGGUCCUGACGGAUCCCUUGAAUACAGUCUGCGUGCAAGUGAAGGGAACUAUGGGAAAACAUUCCAGCUGAAAGCCCUUGAAGGACAAUUUUUACAUCAAAUCGGUGGUGGAUAUUCGAUGAGGAGUCAUUUGAAUUGGGACUUUAUGAUGUUGCUUCAAUCCAAUGAUCCAGGCGUCCCCAAAAUUACUAUGAAUGCAACACUGCUUCCUCAAAGGAGUGGUCAAAUGUAUGCGUCCAUUGAAAUCAAAACUCCAUGGAAACAUCUCGGUAUUGACCAUGUAAACCUUGGAGCUAAGCUGGAUCUACAAGAUGUGGGUGAAAUUCGCGGAAAUUACAGACUAUCUGAUGUUCAAGGCAACGGUUCAGUACUAUGGUCCUGGAUUCUUUUGGAAAAUAUGCAGUUUGGCAUGAAUAGUGUGCUAGAGCAUUUGGAUUCACCAACGCCUCCGCGUGUUUUCCAAGCCGGAUUGAAAUAUCUGAAUCCUGAUAGAAAUCUUCAUCACCUGGUCAUAAGCGGGAAUGUCAACGUUGACUCCUUGUGGGUGCUAGACUUAAAUGGAACUUUGAUGUUCUUAUCAGCAAGAGACAUGGCCUUAACUCUAGUUGCUCAGCUUCCUAAGCCGAUUGGAGACAUACAUAGAUUGCUAGGUAGAUACAGAGGGAAUCUAAUGACGAAGGAACCUUUGGAUGUUACUGUUGAAGCAAAAUAUGAAUCGGAUGAAGCCAGGAGGAGAUUCUCAACUAAAGGGAACUACCGACAUGUGAGUGAUUUGCAAGGACUGGCCUAUGUGGAGUGGGGACAACAUGAUACAACGAAUAAGGUUGAAGGAAAUAUCCAUAUGCUGAAGAAAGGCGAAAAGAGGAGAGAGUUUUCCGGACGGAUUGCAACUCCCUUCCAUCGCAAUGAGGACAGUUUGUUUGUCAGCGGAAGUAUCGACCAGAAAUACAUUUACCACAUGUUCACAUGUAAAGUCCAUUAUCCUGCAAAACGUAAGGUCGUUGAUACCGAUGUGAGCUUCUCUAGCGUUUCGAACAUGUUUGGAUACAUGAACACAACCUUCCCAUUCUUCAACAUGACAUGGCUCCGAGGGGAUUUCAAUUUUUCUACUAUGGGUGGCGACUCCUUACAAUACAUGAAAGCUGCUUGGAAGAAAGAUUUCGCCCUCUACGAGCAUCGAAGCAACUUCAAAUCUAAGGACCUAGAUCGUGAUGUCCAAGGGACAAUCCUCAUUCAAGUUCCUCUUGAAUCUAGACAUUCAGCUAAUAUUGAGUACGGUCUCAAGGAACGUCAGGCGGUUAUGACUGGUCAUGCGAAUAUGAGAUACAAUAAUAAGAACGUGGUGAAUUCCAAGUACACUUGUAAGUCGGAACAACGCGUAGGAUACGAGAAAAAUGUUGUAGAUGUUUCGGUGGAGAAUAAAUUCAAGCCGCUGGGAAUUCACUAUGUUCAUUCACGGCAAUAUUCAAGAAGUGAAGCUCCAGAGUAUGAUAUGAAACACAUUCAAAUUUUCGAAUUGAACAACGCAACCAAUUUCAAUGUGACUGGUGAACUUCACAUUCGUUCCACCUUUAGCGGUCAAGAAUAUAAGAUCCUUGCCAUCCAUCCAAAUCGCACAGUGACUCUGACCUCUGACUAUGAUAGCCAGGAGAGUUCAACGAGGCAGCGUUCGAAAAUUCAACUUGCUCCGAAAGUUUGGAUUGGUUACAAUAUCAGGAUGGAAAAUCGGUCAAACGCCGCAAAUGAAUCGCAUGCCUUCAGCGCUGAGUUGUUCUACCCAAGACGAAACCUUUCUGCUGAAGGAUUCUACUUUGUCACCGAUAACAUGUUCGAUUCGGAUAUAAUAUUCAGAUGGGGAGACCCACUCUCCUCCGAAUAUAGCAACAGCAAGAAAGUAAUGAAUGUUGGGUUGCAGUGGAGAAGCCACCCUCUAACUGGUACGGACAAGGAUAAUCAAACGGCUCUAAUCAGCAUAAGUCAUCCAUCAUUUAGAAGGAAUGCAACCCUAGAAGCCUUCUACUACAGAGAUGGAGUUCACUUGAUCAAGAGCAAUGUUACUGUCAGAUACACCUAUGAUCCUGAUCACACCCUAACGCUUGGUGUUAAUGCCAAAGAUCUGACUCACAUUACAGGCAGUCGGAACUAUUCGAUUGAUAUUCAAGGAAAACAUAAAGCCUCUCAGUUUGAACUGGAUGUCCAAGGAACAAUGGGCUCAAAACCGGCACUCUAUAAAACAGAGUCACAUGCUCACUAUAGCCGCGGAUAUUUACCCAGUCAGGAUGGAUUGUUCAUUGCAAUGCUGGACCUGAAGAAGAAGAUAAUCCAUUACCAUAGAAUGACACCAUACAAAACAGUCCGUCUAUGGACCCAACCGUUCGGAUCAUACCCACUCUAUGGAAUGAAUCUAAGCCUAUGGGAUUCACCUGAUCUGAACUCUACUGGAUACGUCUACGUCGAUUUGAACAAGAAGUACACUCGCAUGGAGCUGAACCUAACGUCGGACGCAUCACACAAUGUCCAAAUGGUUGGAUUGGUCCCCGAUGCCAGGAGUGCCUAUUUUGAUUUAUGGAGGAACUACGAUGAAAUCCGAGUUAUCGAUAUUGCAUACUAUUUACGUAUGAAUCAUUCCCGUCUCAUUACGAGUCAGCUUUCGUGGCGGCCCAAACUGAAAUCAGAUAUUAAGAACAAAUUCAGAGAUAUUGCUACAUCGUUCUACCAAUCGGCGUCAGACGGUAUUGAUUUCUGGAUUAAAACGCUCUACGUCGAAACUGUAGAUACUAUCAAUGAUAUAUGGAAUAACGCGAAGCCGUAUACGCAAGAGUUCUUGGAUGAUUUAAGUGGUCUGACCGUCUUGGAGGAGGACCUUGAGGAGCUACGGAAAUUUGUUAAUCGAUCAUACGAGGCUAAUGAUUUCUACAUAAAGACAGUUGUAAAUUUCACUCUCACGGUUGUAGACGAGCUGGCAAUUCGUGACCAUAUUGAAUCGCUUCCGAAAAUCAUAACCGAAUUAUGGCAUAUCAUGGGUGACUCUGGGAAGGCCUUGAGGAAGAACUUGUUGUGGCUUUUUGAAACCAUCAAAACGUCUUAUCAGAAGGGGCUGGAAAUGAUCAGCAAAUUCUUGCAUGGUGAAGCUUUGGAACAUCUGUCAGGAUUCAUGGGGAAAGCUGUGGAAAAGUAUGACAAGUUUGUAAAGGACCUCCAUUUGUCCUUGAUAAAGUAUGUGGAGAAUUUGUGGAACAAGUUCGCAAUUGUGCUGGAGAAUUACUGGAAGACCACGCUGAGAAAGCUAGAACCACAUAUCAUCAAGUUCUUGCACUACAUUGAAACCGCUCUUUGGAAUAUAAGCAAGGAAAUUUUUGACUUCAUCUACGAACGAACCAACGAAUUGGCCGAGUCCCCUUACUUCAACCAAGUUUCCAGUUUCACCCACGACAUGGACCGCCUCUACAAGGAUUUGAGUGCCAACGAUGCCAUAACCAACUUCAGAAAAUACUCUGUAAUCGCUUGGAACUUUGUCAAAGAAAAAUAUUUCAAAUUAGUUCCAUUCGGAAAAGAAUUGAAUGACGUCCUCAAUGAACUAUGGGAGGAGCUUAAAACCCUGGAAAAACUGGAAACUGUACAAUUCUUUGUACAACGAGUCAACGAAAUCAAACUGAAGGCAGAAUGGUUGGCUGACGAAUUCCAGCUCGACAAGAGGCUCCAUCAACUCUGGCACUUGAUCCGAAACAAGAUUGCAAGCUAUACACAAACUGCUCUCCAAGCGGACGACCGAUAUCGUGAAGCCAAAACUAAGUUCAUUUUUGAUCCUGAUGUGGGUCUUAUAGAGUUUGAACAGAAGCUACCGAUGUCCUGGCAUGCUUUCAAUGAGACUCCCAAGUUUGAGGAAGUUCCUGAAUAUAAAAUGAUGAACGAUAUCCAGACGUUCUUUUCGGGAUCAAACUUCUCGCUUAUGAAUUACAUUUAUGGUUUGAGACCUCAUAUUGACCCCAGUAUGUGGCUUCCACCGUUUAAAUCACACUCACUGUUGAUUGGGUCACGUCAUUAUAUGACAUUUGAUAAUCAGUUUGUCGCCCUGGACUCAAAGUAUACUGUGUUAGCCGGGAGAAGCAAGUUGGAUCAAUGUUCCUAUUUGUUGACUCAUGACUUCUUCCAAAGGAACUUCAGUCUAUUCCUGGAACCUUCGAUAAUUCGUCAAAACAGCAAUCUGAUCUCCUCAAAGAAAUUAGUCCUCGUCACCGAUACCGACAUUUUAGAGAUGGAUGUCUCAGGAGAUACUUUAGCUGUCAACAAGAAGACGGUAAACCUGCUCCCUGUCGAAGUUGGAUCAGUUCUCAUCUCGCGUGAUUCAGAUGUCCUAACAAUCGAAUCACGGGAAGACUACAUUUUGAGUUGCAACCUGCAAUUCGACUUAUGCUGGUUCGAGUUGGGCGGCUACUACUACGGACAAACAGCAGGUCUGUUAGGUACCACUAACAAUGAACCUUUCGACGAUAUGACAGCAGCCAAUGGUGAAGUAACACAAAAUGAGGAUGAGUUUGUGAAAUCGUGGAGUUUUAAGGGUUGCGGCAAGAGCCUUCAUAAGAAACCUGAGAAUUAUUCUACUGAGUUGCUGACCCUGUGCACGGAGUUCUUUGAAACCCCUUACUUUUCGUCUUGCUUCUCCAACUUAGAUCCGAAACCAUUCUAUGAUAUGUGCUUAGAUAUGGGUCAUAAUUCAAUAUCGACAGUUUUGAAGGAUAAUCACCCGGCUCAGAAGGGAGCUUGUACUGCGGCUCUUGGAUAUAUUGAAGCAUGCGCUGCGAAGAAAAUCCCAUUACGUAUCCCCGAUAAAUGUGUUCAUUGUGACCUUAUCAAUGGAUCAUACGUUGCUGAAGGAACAUUUGUCGAACUAAAAGACCACGACGUUCCCCGUUCUGCUGAUGUUGUCUUCAUUGUAGAAGCUAAAAACUGCAAUGCAAACAUAACACAUUCAAAGAGUAUCCUGGCGGUAUCAAGUGCUAUCCAGAAGGAAUUAGUCAAUAUGAACAUGACAAACAAUAGGUACUCAGUUUUGACUUUUGGUGGAAGGGCACCAUUUGACAAACCACGCAGCGUCGUUUACAAUAACAAGGUUUUCACAGAUUACCAGAACCUUAGACACUACUUCGAUCAUAUUGAAACAAAUGAAGGAUUGAGUAAUGACACUUUCCAAGCCAUUAGUGCAGCAUCUAAACUGAUUUUUAGACCUGGUGUUUCUAAGAUAUUUAUACUUCUACCGUGUUCGGAGUGUCAACUGACGUUUAUGAGGUUCGACUAUUCCUCGCUACUUCAACUAAUGCUUGAGGAAGGUAUCAACUUGCAUAUUCUUAUGGACAAGGAGUUCGCCUUCGAUAAAUCUCGCCUGAGCCGCAUUUUCUUUGGAAUGGAUCGUGACUUCGCCUAUUCAAAAAGGGACUUCAAAGACUUCAGAGGGGAUGUUGAACUUAGAAAGCAGGUACGCGUUCCCAAGGAAAUUCUCGGAUUUUGUACGCCUCUAGCCAUCGAGACAAAUGGAUCAGUCUUCACAGCGAACAAACUGCGACCAGAAAAGCGUAAUCCUAUCAAGAAAUUCGCUACAAUCUUCGCUAGACGUGUGGCAAAAACAGCGCUUCCUGCUCAGUGUCAAACUUGUGAAUGUACAGGACAUAACACAGGAGUCGCUUAUAUGACUUGUACGAGCUGUUCUAUUAUGAGUGCAACUAGUAUGGAUUAUGACUUUGAUGAAGCCGAGAAGGAUGUAAGCUGGAUGUGGGAGGACGACGAAGAGAUGAUUGAUGACGAGUAGAUUAAGUUAAAAGUAUUUUAGUUGUAUGUUUGUGUAGCAAAAAAAAAGAUAAU